CAGUGGAGCCUGCCUGGGCCUGGGAGUGGGAGAGGAGGAAGAAGGGGGGCGGAGGGCGGCGGCACGGCACAGCAGACAGCAGAGCCAGAGCCAGCUCCAGCUCCAGCUCCGAGCAGUGCAGGCAUUCCUCACCAAGGUCGAGGUUGAGUCCAGCAGCCUCUGCGCCUUCGCGUCCCUCCUCUCCGCUCCGCCACGGGGGGUUGGUGGGGGGCAGUCGCCACGCCGCAGUCCACUGCAAACUCCAUUGUCACCGUCGCAGCUCCACCACCUCUCGCCACGGCAACUUCCUCGGUCGCGCUCCUCGUCCCACCGCCGACAACUCCUCCUCGACUUUCAGAUGUCUUUUGAUAUCACAGAAAAGGAUUGCCCCUGCUCUCCCUGCUGCGAAUGCCACCGACGUUUCUUGCGCCCUACAAUAUUUUGGCAUUGGACUUGAUAGUUGGCAAUCUUUCUUGUACUGGACGUUACAGCUUUCGCCAACUUGCUGCUUCUUUUCUACCUACAACCACAUCUUUUCCUUCUUUUGCAAUUUUGUACCUCAUUACCAUCAAUUACUGCUAAAAGUGAACCAAGUGUUCUCCCAAUGGCCAAGACAUCUCUUCCUCCUGGAUUCCGGUUUCAUCCAACUGAUGUAGAACUCACAGUCUACUAUUUAAAGAGGAAGCUACUGGGAAAACACUUACGCUGCAAUGCUAUUACUGAGAUUGAUCUAUACAAGUUCGCCCCUUGGGAUCUUCCAGAGAGAGCUUCCUUGGAGAGUAAUGAUCUAGUGUGGUAUUUCUUUUGCCCACGCGAUAGGAAAUAUUCUAGUGGGUUAAGGACUAAUCGCUCAACUGGAGUUGGAUAUUGGAAAGCUACCGGGAAGGACAGGCCGGUGGUAUAUAAUGCUAGGACUGUUGGGAUGAAGAGAACUUUAGUGUUUCAUCUUGGCAAGCCACCACGAGGUGAUAGAACUGACUGGGUAAUGUACGAAUAUAGGCUGGAGGACGAGGAACUAGCUGCUUCUGGUGUUAAACUGGAUGCCUGCGUUCUAUGCAAAAUCUUUCAGAAAAGUGGUCCAGGGCCCAAGACUGGGGCACAGUAUGGUGCUCCAUUCAACGAAGAAGACUGGAACGAUGCCAGCAAUGUAGAAUGUUCUCCAUGUGCCCCUUCUGUGGCCCCUCGGGUACCUGAAUCAAGUAAUGGUGUGUUGAAUUCUGCUGGUCAACACCUGGCUGUGAGUUAUGAUGGCAAGGUUUCCUCGGGCUCCGCAGCAGAAAGUAUCAACAGACCUGCUAUCAAUGGAGUUCAUCCUGAUAUUCCUAAUGAUUGCAUACACAUACAACUGCUAGCUGAGAUUAUCAGAUGUUCCUCGAUGCAUCUUUUAUGUACUGGUGGUGAAGAUGGUUUGCUGCCUGAUUCAACUGCUGACUAUGAUAGUGACAAUAGAGUGUCUUUGGAUGAUGUUGAAACAAUAUUCUGUGAGGUGGAUGAGCUUGGGCCCCAUGCUCUGGUGAACAACACUAACCAUUGUGACUCAUGUGCUGAACAUUUGAUUCACCCUGUGCUGGUAGCACGAGGAGCCGAGCAGUACUUAGAGCUAAAUGACCUGUCCUUUUCUCUCACUGAUGGUCCUGGUUCCUGUGGCAUGCUGUUUUCCAACGAUGUAUCUGUUGAGCAGCCACCAGAUCUUGAGCUCAGGUUUGAGCAGGUCUCUCCAGCCCACAUCUCCAAUACCGCUAAUGCUUCCACAUCAACAACUGCUGGUUCAUCUGCUUCAGUACCCUUGGCGGAGGAUCACAGGACCUGAUUCAGAGUAUAUUGGCUGUCACUUGCUUCCUUGAGGUUUUGAUGAUUGGAGUCACCUGGCGCACACGUUAAUGGAUCUAGGAGGAUCUGGAAGACACGGCAUAAUGCUCCUUUUUUUUCCAUUUCGUUGAAGUGAACAUGAAGGCACGAUUAGUGACCACUUGGCACAGAAACAUCUCCGUGGUGCAGUUUGUGAAUCCAGGAGCAUUCCUCUGCCCGUAGAUUUGCAUGGUAGAAGUUUCUUUCCCCCUUCCCUCCACAACCACAAGUGGGGGUUGAGUACUGGAUAAUGCACUCAUUGCAUUAAUAACUUUCCCUAGUGUAUGUUUUGGGCAGAGUGGGGCAAUGUACUUACAGCUUGUUGCAAUGUAGCGGCAAUCUCGGGCGAUUGUGUAACCUGUGACAGUAUCUUGUUUGGUUACCUGGAUUUGCUAGUGUCCGGGCAAGAUGCAGUUUUCUUUAUAAAUAAUUUUUAUUUCUGAAGGAUGAUGAAGAUGCCGCUGCUAAUUUGUGUAGACGCUUAUUUCAACUUGCAAGAAUUUGUUGCUGCCGUUU